UUUCUCCCUCUGUAUUCUGUUGCACCAUUGCCGUCAUUCUGCGCCCCCGCUCUGUCUCUGGUCGGCGCCAUGGACGCGGGAGAGGUCGCCACCUUGCCGGCUUCGGUGGAGAGCCUGGUGGUGGUGCACAACGUGGCGAAGCGCCACAACGUGGGGACGAUGGCCCGCAGCGCCACCGCUUUCGGCGUGUCGGAGAUCGUCCUCGUCGGCCGCCGCGACUUCAACGCCUUCGGCAGCCACGGAUCCACCUCCCACCUCCGCUUCCGCCACUUCCACUCCCUCUCCCAAGCUCGCCACUACCUCAAGGAAGAGAGGAACUGUGACAUAUGCGGGGUGGAGAUCACCGAUGGGGCGCUCUCCAUCGCGGAUCACCCUUUCAGGAAGAGCACAGCUUUUCUCCUCGGCAACGAGGGAACGGGGCUCUCCGCGAAGGAGUGUGAGAUAUGUGACUUCUUUGUUUACAUUCCCCAAUACGGAUGUGGAACUGCAUCACUUAAUGUCACAGUUGCGGCUUCUAUUGUACUGCAUCACUUCGGAGUUUGGGCAGGUUUUCCUGAAAGAAGUAGAGAGGGCAACAAGUUCACCGUAGCUGAGAAACCCGUCAAGCAGAUUAGGAGGAAUUAUUGUGCCAGUUCGGUUGAAUCCAUUGUGGAGGAGCGGAAGAGCAGAAAGCAAUCAGCUUCUAUAGAUAUCUUUGAGGAGAACGGGACCAAUGAUUCCAAGUUGACAAACCUUUUGGAAGCCCUGUUUGAUGAUUGAGUGCAGUGUAUGACCAUCUGAGAGGAAAGAUAGAUGGUCAUCUCGGGGAAGCUACAUACAUAUACACUAGUAACCUAAACUUAGGUCAGGCAGCUUCUUUUAUUUUUAUUUUUUAUUUUUAUUUUUGAUGUGUUUGCUAGUUUGUAUAAGUACGUUACAGUUUUUAUGACUUACACAUUUAUUAGUUGAUUUUGAAUUAUGCAUGACUUUGAAUUCCCGUAUA